AUGACGAGAAGUUACUAUGGUGGAAACUGGGCCAGCUUUAGUUUUUCAGGUUUAUUGUCCUGGAUUAAAGAAAACCAGCAAAAGACAGAUAUCGGUGAUGAAUGUGAAGACUGGAGAAAACUGAUCCUUGAGAAUGAAGACGUUAUUUCUCUUAGUAAGAAGGACAGAACUAUUCAACAUGUAGAAGAUUUCUGUUUUGGCGAUCAGGACUCUGCUGAAGAUGUCGAAGAAGCUGGUGCGUUGCCAAAGCUGCCCGUCUUCGGAGCCGCUGGUGAUCACGAGGGGGCUGCUCGGGAGUCGGAAAAAGAGCAGCCGGCGAGUGCGGCGGAAGGGAGUGGUACAGAAAUAGCCUCGGAGGGCGACAGUUCGCACAGUUCGGCUUUAGAGGAGGCCACUCUGGAAUCGCGAAAAGCCGAAGCUGCGUCCUCGGAAAGUUCUGCCCCAGAACCAAAGAAGAUUACGUAUUCCCAAAUUGUUAGAGAAGGCAGGAGGUUUAAUAUUGACUUAGUUUCCAAGCUGCUUUAUUCCCGAGGCCUGUUAAUUGACCUCCUGAUUAAGUCGAAUGUUAGCAGAUAUGCGGAGUUUAAAAAUGCAACACGGAUUCUUGCCUUUCGAGAAGGAAAAGUAGAACAGGUACCUUGUUCUAGAGCAGACGUCUUCAACAGCAGACAGCUCUCCAUGGUGGAGAAGAGAAUGCUCAUGAAGUUUUUGACGUUUUGUUUGGACUAUGACCAGCACCCUGCAGAGUACCAAGACUAUGAGAACAGUACAUUUGCUCAGUUCUUGACCACGCAGAAGUUAACGCCCAGCUUGCAGCACUUCAUUCUUCACUCUAUUGCGAUGGUUUCGGAGACCGGUUGUGGCACUCUUGAAGGUCUUCAGGCAACAAAAAAAUUUCUCCAGUGCCUUGGCCGCUAUGGCAAUACCCCGUUUUUGUUUCCUCUGUAUGGGCAAGGAGAGAUCCCCCAGUGCUUCUGCAGGCUGUGUGCUGUGUUUGGUGGCAUCUAUUGUCUUCGCCAUCCUGUGCGGUGCCUCGUAGUGGACAAAGAAUCCGGACGAUGCAAGGCUAUUGUGGAUCACUUUGGGCAGAGAAUAAGUGCGAACUAUUUUAUUGUGGAAGAUAGUUACCUUUCAGAGAGCACGUGCGCAAAUGUGUCUUACAGGCAGAUCUCCAGAGCAGUGCUCAUUACAGAUAAGUCUGUACUAAAUACAGAUUCCGAGCAACAGGUUUCCAUUCUGACAGUGCCUCCAGAGGGUCCGGGCAAACCGGCGGUUUGCGUCAUUGAGUUGUGUUCCUCAACCAUGACGUGCAUGAAGGACACUUAUUUAGUCCAUUUAACCUGUCCAUCAACUAAAACCGCUAGGGAAGAUUUAGAGCCUGUUGUACUGAAGUUAUUCAAUCUAAAUACAGAAGGAGAGACGGAAAAUGAAGAACUGGAAAAACCUAGAGUCCUCUGGGCAGUCUACUUCAACAUGAGAGAUUCUUCAGGAGUUGAGAAAAAUGCAUAUGAUGGCUUACCCUCAAACAUUUAUGUCUGUUCUGGACCCGACUCCGCUUUAGGGAAUGACUGUGCUGUCAAACAGGCUGAGGCUAUCUUCCAAGAAAUGUUUCCUACAGAGGAAUUUUGCCCACCGCCACCGAAUCCGGAAGAUAUUAUUUACGAUGAAGAUGAGAUUGCACCAGAAGAGGCUGGAUUCAGUAAUUCACCAGAGCCAAAACCUGAAUCCCCGACUGAGGAGAGCAGUAGCGGAGGCAAUACUGCUAUCAAGAAGGACGAUAAUGAAGAAUGA